CUAUCCACCAUGUCUCGCCGCAGCUAUGCUGGUUCAAUGCACGAGAGACGUAUCUCGAAGGACGGAGGGAAAGGCGUGCGGUUUCCCAAAGAUCUGCUCAAGGUCUUGGAGCAGAAGUUACAGGACAUUGCUAUGGGCAAAGAUGCUGCGUAUUCCGAUCAGCUCACGCGACGGACAAUGGCGGUGUUCUACGGUCAAGUGAAGGAUGAAAGCUUCCGUCGGCAGAUGAAGGAGAACCGCAAGAUCGAGGAACUGAUCCUCAUGUUCGCGACAAAUGCGACGAAUGUGCUCAAGAAGGAGCCAUCGCUCGCGGGCGACGGAUGGAAGAUCGAGCUCAACAAACAUAUUGCCUAUUUCGUUCGCUUACUCCGGGAUUGUCUCCGUCAUCUCAGUCAUGUAUCGCCAGAGCUGACAGCCCGGCUUGAUAUGUACACGGAGAAGCUAGCACCAUCUCAGGCGCCAAGCGACUCCGGGUACGACUCAUCAUCGACUUCAAGAGAUCGCGACUCUAUGAUCUCCACGAAACGCACGAGUCAGAACCUAUCUGAUAUGCAACUCGUUAUGGUUGCAGCUCGUCUUUUCAAAAUCCCCGAGUCCGCAGUGCAAAAGGAGGUCGAAGAAUUGUCAAGGUUUUGUACAGAGAAGGCUGCGUUAACAGACCUCAAGACAUGCCUCAAGAAUAUUAAUGCUGGAGCAACCUUUCCUGGCCGGAGAGAAGAUUUCUCAAGCGAGGCGGCCUGGCAGUAUUGGCGAACGCUUGAAACAUCCCACCUAUCACAGCUCAUGGUAGUCAUGGUGCAAGUAAACCCCGAGCUUGCGAAAUCUACCGGAUCUGAGGGUUCGCCCACGGCUGCGAACGGUCGGCCAGGGUCGAUGUACUCGCAGAUGUCUUCCCGCCCAGACUCCUUCUAUGCCUCCGGUACGUCGCGACACGCAUCGAUAAGCAGUCGGCAUUCGCUCGUGCAUACGAAUAGUAUCACGUCCGACGACUUUGGCACCAUCGGGGAGGUUGGUGACGACGACGACAUCCCCGUCGGACACCAUUUUACAUUCAUUCCGUUGAAUCCGCGGAAAUACUACAAGCGUCUGCUCGAGCACUGCCUCGUGGCGGAUUUAGAGGCAAUGCUGAGCCCAAAUGUGGGCGACGACGACGAGGUGUCCCUUGGGAUCCUCUCGUCGCCGCACAUCGAGCUCAUCAACGAAUGUGCGCUGCGUUGGCGGAUAGGUCAGCCAUAUCGUGUUGCGUGCUUCCUCGAUCUCGUCAGGCAGUUCUUUGAACGCAACGAAGUCCCCUUGGAGUGCAUUCCGGAAGCCCUGCAGAACAUUCAGAAAGUACUCCAUGAGCUCGAACUGGACAAAUGGCCGAUUCAAGACCGUGAUUACCUCGCGCAAAUAUAUGGCGGUCUCUUUAGUAUAUUCCUCUCGUUGCUCUAUCACGCCAUGGAGUCGGUGCCCAACCUCAAGCCGUCAGAGAUAGCCCCUUACGUGCAUAUCUUGGAGACGGUGCAAGAGAGCGGGCUACUUGAGCAGUAUGAUGUCGAUGUCACUGCCCGCAUGAAUGACGUUCAAGAACAGGUGCGAUCAGUGUCCGUUCGGUAUUACGAGCAGAAGAGUCGCGAGUUGCGUGAAGCUCCGGGAGUGAACAAGGCGCUGCCUCACUUACUCAUGACCGACGAGAUCGAGAAGGUAGCUAAACUGCUAGACAAACGGUUCCCAGAGCCUAUCCUUGGUCAACUGGAUAUUGUGUCGUUGGUGCUAGAGGUGCAAAUACCGCACUAUAUUACGGAUCUUGACGAUUCUCGGAAACAUCUCUUCGAGGAUUCAAUGAAUGGACCUACGCCAGAUGUCCCUAUCCAGGACAUCUUCGCACUUUAUCGACGCACGAAGAUACUGCUAGGAAUGUAUAAGGCGUUCUGUCCGAACGGGGAGAUAUCCUUCGAUCUGGCCGGAUUCUUUGAACCGUAUGUGCGCCAAUGGCUUGUCAACACAGAUAGCAAGACCACGCAAUGGGUGCAAGCUGCCAUAGCUGCGGAUAAGUUUCAACCCGAGGGCAGCGAAGGUCACAGUUCUUCUAUUAUCGAUCUAUUCGACUCUCUACGAAGUCCGAUAACCUUCCUUGAGGGUCUUGAAUGGGACGACAAUUACCAGGAGGCACGUUUCUUCACCAGUUUGUCCAGGACAAUCAGCAAAGCUGUGGAACAGUACUGCCGCAGUGUUGAGGAAUUAUUCAUGGCGGAGAUGUUUCCUCGCCCGACCGACUACUUGCAACCUCAGAAGUCAUCAGCGUGGCUUGAGAAGGCCAAGCAGCUCACGACUGCCGGCGAGAAGAAGAUCGAGCCCUUCACGUUCCAACCAGAAUCUUGUGUGAAGCUCAACAAUGUGGAGGCUGCGCGAAGACUCCUGGACAACAUGUAUACGCAGAUGGAGGCCGACAAAAAGAUGGAAGUUCUGCUGAAUGCGCCGCCUGUGCCAGAGAAGACUGAGCACACAGAUCGUUUCCUCUUUACCGUCAAGAUUGUCAUCGCCGAGGGGCUUGUUCCGUUGGAUAGCAGCCCGUCGUCAAAACUAGACACGUUUGUGACCCUCAGCGACGAGCAAGGAAAUCGCCUAGCGAAGACGCGGACGAUCUAUGAGACACUUAACCCUCGGUGGGACGAGACGUUCGAUAUGACUGUCGAGAAACCGCUAUGGUUGAUGGUCAGUGUUCGUGACCGUGCCCUCAUCGGCAAACAUGAUACCGUCGGCCGAGCGUACAUUUGUCUCGAUCCACGGCGGUAUGGUGACUUCCUCACACAUGAUCAGUGGAUGGACCUCGACACGCAAGGCCGAAUACUCAUUCGGAUCAGCAUGGAGGGAGAGAAGGACGAUCUCCAAUUCUUCUUCGGUCGCGCCUUCCGGUCAUUAAAGCGAGCCGAGAGCGACAUGGUCCGCGUCUUCAUUGACAAGGUUUCUCCCUUCAUUCGACAAUGCCUCUCACGUACGGUGCUCAAGACGCUGAUCAAGUCCAGUUCGGGAAGCAUCGACUACAACAGAGCGCUGGGCAACGUCACUGCGCUCUUCGGGCAGGCCCUGGGUACUGACAAGUCCGAAGUCCAGAUCCCGCUGCCACAGUCCGAAAAGCCCCGCAUCCGACCGGAAGCACUGUCGGACGUCGAGAUCGAGCAAGCGAUCGUUCCGCUUUUCGAUUAUCUUGAUGCCAUCCUCCCGACGUUCAAUACAUAUCUCAGUGACUCCACAAAGGAGAUGGUAAUGACACGAGUGUGGAAGGAGAUCCUGAAUGUCAUCGAGGGGCUGCUCAUCCCGCCACUCUCUGAUAUCGCGAGCGACAUGAAGCCGCUGAGCGACAAGGAGGUGGACAUUGUCUUCAAGUGGCUGAAGUUUUUGCGGGACUACUUUUACGCGGGCGGCGAGGGGCCUGUACCACAGGAGUCGCUCCAGAACCAGAAGUACCGCGAUGUGCUGUCUAUCCGGCUGUACUAUGACUGGCAUACUGACGCGCUGAUGGAGGAGUGUGUGCGCAUGAUGCAGCAGAGCCUGCGCGCCUCGCCGGCGGUGAAGAAGCGCGCGAAGAGCGUGUACCAGCAGCGCAACCUCGGCACGAUCAAGAACCGCAAGAAGGAGAAGCAGCAGGACAAGGAGGUCAACAACGGGGAGACGAUCCUGCGCAUUCUGCGCAUGCGGCCGAACACGUCGGACUUCAUUGCGCAGCAGCUGCACGCCAUGACGAGCAUGCAGGCGGAACGGGAGGCGCGCGAGCAGGACCUGCAGCGGCGGAAGCUGCAGCGCCCGCGGCAGGCGCAGCAAUCGGUGUCCGCGAUACCGCCCGUGCCCCCUCUGCCACCGAAGACCGCGGCGUAGACGAUCGUUGUUAUGGGACCGCUGAACACUAUUUGGGACAGAUACCUUGCAUAGCAUACCACCGCCCCUCUUCUGCUGUUAAUAGUGCCAUGUUUUCCUUGAUGCCGCUGUGGUUUUUCUGUACGGGACCGGCUGUUCGUUGUUCGUUGUUCGUUUGUGCUCAUAGUGGACCGGCGACUGGCGGAUAAGUAAUGAAUAGAUAUUGUGUGCUCUCGAA